AUGUCUUCUUCUGGUGCCGCGACUGCUGCUGCGACUCUUUCGGGAGCGUUUGGAGCGAGGACGCGAGGGCAGAAAAGACGGAUUGGGGAGAGAGAUUCUUUUUCGUUGUGGGAUUUGGUCGUGAAGUGCGACGAUAUUUGUUUCACACAUGUGCUUCCGAGAUUGCAUUCGAAUGAUUUGAAAUUCUUGCACGGAGUGAAUACGGAGACGAGAGCUUUGAUUAAGAGAUCGCCUCGCGCGGGUGAUUUGAAAAAGGGGUUUAGAGUGAGCCAGAUGUCGUCGAUAUCUACGUUGGAGUUUGCGUGGGAGAAUAAAUCGUUGUGGCCGAGAGGCUGGGAUGAAACUUCUUUCUGCUGGAGAGUUGCUCAAACGAAUAAACUCGAGUUGCUCAAGUGGGCGCGAGAAGAGAAAAAGUGUAAGUGGGAUCGAAGGACGAUUCAUGCGGCCGCAGAACAAGGUAAUCUGGAAAUGGUAAAGUAUUGCAUUGCAAAUGAGUGUCCUAUCGGUGCGUUUGCGUGUGCACGUGCUGCCCAAAACGGUCAUCUCGAGGUACUCAAAUACUUACGCGAAGAAGUCAAAGCGACCUGGGAUUCUUGUACUGCAGUUUGGGCGGCUCACAAUGGUCAUCUCCACAUACUCGAAUAUCUUGUUGAGCGUAAGUAUGAUAAAUAUGACGAACGAGCGUGUAUGUGGGCGGCCGUGAACGGCCACUUAGACUGUUUGAAGCACUUGCACGAAACCGCCAAAGCGCCUUGGGACAGUGACGCCGUACGCUACGCUCACAAGAAUAACCAAACCGAGUGUUUACAAUACCUCCUCGACAACGACUGUCCUCUACCACCCGGUUGGCGAUACGAAGGAGGAACGUUAUACGACUCGGAAGAAGACUCGGAAGAGUAA